AUGGACAUGGACAAGCCCAUCUUUCCGGCUCCGCCUGGAUACAUCGUUGAUGUCGACAACCCGCAAAGAACGGGCGAGGCUGCCAACUUCUGGAUUGGCACCUUGGGCAUGAUCAUCGCCGCCAUCUUCAUGACUAUACGCGUCUACACGAAGACGCAGCUAGCGAAGAACUUUACACCAGAUGAUAUAGCGCUGCUCAUAGCCUGGUGCUUCUCCAUAGCAAUACAAGUUCCCAUCCUCUUCCAGUACGGCCGCGGCACACUCGGCGUCCACAUCUGGGAACUGACCGGCCACCGCGUCAACUCUACCAUGAAUAACGCCGCUUUAUAUGGCGACGGCGGUGUUGAAUAUGGCUACGGAUAUCUUGUUGCUGGUUCUACCGGUACCGAUGGUGGUCAGGCUGCAGAUGCCGCGCGCGCAGAAGAUGGGGUUGAUAUGUAUAUUUGGGGUGGGCUCGCUGUGAGUUCCAACUAG